AUUAGUAACUUUUUAAUUAAUUUAUUUUACAAAUGCAUCAUGUUUAAUUUAAAUUUUAAAAUGAAAUUCAUAUUAAUUGUAUGGAUUUUAUUACAAUUGAUUGGAAACUGUUGUUGUCGGGGUUUUUCGGUAAAACCUUUAAUAAAAGACGGCACCACUAGUGCACCGCAUACGCCGAUUAUAACGACAUCGCACGAAAAGGUGAAGGAAGAAUCAUCCAUUUUAAAUCAACCACAGGCCGUCGAAUAUGAGGAUACAAAUGCAAAUCAUAAAAGUCAUGGUUCAUCUAGUUUGCUAAAAAAAUGUGAUCCCUGCCCGGAGGGUAUAUUGUGUGUGCCUCAAAUACAAUGUCCAGCCCAUGUACGCAUGAGAGACCAUGAAAAACCACAAGUAUGUGAUUUACCUGGUGGUAAAUUUGGUUUCUGUUGUGUUACUGGACAAAAUCAUACAGCUAUACGUUUGGAUAAGGCCCGCAUGCCAGGGGUUAGCUUUAUGCCUCCCCAUGUAGUUGAGGAAGCUCGUUUAAAAUUUCAACACUUAAUGCAUCAAAUAACCAUGGUUCCCAUUGCUCCGGGUCAUCCUGAUUUUGUACAUGGUAUGGUCUUUCAUUCGACACCACAUGAAGAUGUACAAAAUUUCCAUUUAACCAAUUCGGCCAUGGAACAAGUGAUAACAACUCAAGUGUUUACCAAAAAAGAACAAAUACCAGUCGAUGACAUUAUUACCAAUAACAUAGAGGUUGAGUUUAAGGAGACACCCUUGGGUCACAACUGUCAGCCGCCCCGACCUUGUAUUAAUCCCCGAGCAAAAUAUCGUACCUUUGAUGGUUCUUGUAAUAAUCCUCAUCCCUCACGUUCUCAUUGGGGUUCUGCUGGUCAGCCGAUGGAACGUUUAUUACCGCCCGCCUACGAAGAUGGUGUUUGGACUCCACGUCAGCAUGGAAAAGAUGGUUCAUUUCUGACAAAUGCCCGAGAUAUAUCGAGAAUUUUAAUGGGUGAUGCUGAUAGACCUCAUCCAAAGCAUAAUUUGUUGGUAAUGCAAUUUGGUCAGUUUGUGGCUCAUGAUGUUUCGCAAUCGGCCUCAGUGAGAUUGGAAAACGGUGAACUAGUUCAAUGCUGUGCUCCCAACAAUGCAGCCGUUCUGCCGCCCGAGCGACGUCACUUUGCCUGCUUUCCGAUUGAAGUUGAUCCUAAUGAUGAAUUUUAUGGAGUAUUUGGUGUACGUUGUAUGAAUUUUGUACGUUUGUCAUUGGCUCCCAAUACCGAUUGUCGUGCUAGUUAUGGUAAACAGCGCAGCAAGGUUACCCAUUAUUUGGAUGCUUCUCCGGUAUAUGGUUCGAGUGAAGAAACAGCUCGAGAAUUGCGUGUAUUUAAAGGUGGUAAAUUGCGUAUGUUAAAUGAUUUCGGUAGAGAUUUAUUGCCACUUACUAAUGAUAAGCAUGCCUGUGAAAAUGAUAGUCCAGGAAAGACGUGUUUUAAGUCGGGUGAUGGUCGCACUAAUCAAAUCAUUUCCCUAAUUGCCAUCCAUAUAUUGUUUGCCCGCGAACACAAUCGUAUUGCUGACAUACUCGCCCAUCUAAAUCCUCAUGCCACCGAUGAACUACUGUAUCAGGAAGCACGUCGUAUUGUCAUCGCUGAAUUGCAACACAUUAUUUACAAUGAAUACCUGCCAAUUGUCAUAGGACCCAUGCAAAUGAAACGUUUCCGUUUAACCACCCAACAUCAUGGCUAUAGUGCUGAUUAUAACGGUGAGAUAAAUCCGGGCAUAACAAAUGAAUUUACUGGUGCUGCCUUUCGUAUGGGUCAUUCGAGUGUCGAUGGUCGUUUUCAUGUACAGCAGGAACAUGGUAGAAUUGAUGAAAUUAUAAAUAUACCCGAUGUCAUGUUCAAUCCAUCACGUAUGCGUAAGCGAACAUUUUACGAUGAUAUACUAAAGACAAUGAUGGUACAACCGAUGCAAAAGGUUGAUAGUGCAAUAACACAUGGGUUGAGUCGUUUUUUGUUUCGUGGUCAUAAUCCUUUUGGCUUGGAUUUGGCUGCUUUUAAUAUUCAGCGCGGUAGAGAUCAGGGAUUACGUAGCUACAAUGAUUACUUGGAAGUUAUGGGUAAUCGUAAGAUACAGAGCUUUAAUCAAUUGCCAGUGGAGGUUGGACGCAAACUAUCUCAAGUCUAUCGUUCACCCGAUGAUAUUGAUCUAUGGGUAGGUGGUCUACUCGAAAAAGCCGUUGAUGAUGGCAUAGUGGGUAGUACAUUUUCGGAAAUUAUAGCCGAUCAAUUUUCACGUUUUAAAUUGGGCGAUCGUUAUUAUUAUGAAUAUAAUAAAUCGAUAAAUCCAGGUGCCUUUACCAUCGAUCAAUUGCACGAGAUACGUAAAGUAACAAUGGCUCGUAUUAUCUGUGAUAAUGCUGAUCAUUUAACGCUGAGAGAAGCACCACCAAUGGCAUUUGUCAGAGCCGAUUUUCCAGGCAAUCAACCUCUUAGAUGUGAUAGUCCCCAUAUACCCGCAGUAGAUUUAGAUGCCUGGCGCUUUUAAACAAAUGCUUUUAAUAUUUUAUUUAAUUUUAAUACUUCUCUUAUUAUUUAAAUUUAUGUAUUUAUUUAUAAA